UUAAAGCUAAAGUGCUUUAAUAGGAAAAGUCCUCCCACUUCUUAGCCGCCCUCGGUUGCUUAACCGGGCGCUCCCCUUCCUGUUUCUCCCCACGCGGGUAGAGGAUCUCAGGCUCCAGAGUCCACGGGAGGCGGGACCCACGCGAGGCCAGGAUGUUGCGCGCCCUCGCCAGCUCCGCGCAGCCCAAGCAAGCGCUCGGUCGCCUCCUGAGGAUGAACGCAGCUGGGGCCAAGGCGCGGGGGACCCUCGCCGACAAGGUGGCCUUGGUGACCGCCUCCACCGAGGGAAUUGGCUUAGCAAUUGCCCGCCGCCUGGCCCAAGAUGGCGCCCACGUGGUUGUGAGCAGCCGCAAGCAAGCCAACGUCGACCGGGCCGUCGCUGAGCUCCAGACGGAGAACCUGAGCGUCUCGGGGUUGGUGUGCCAUGUGGGGAAAGCCGAAGACAGACAGCGCCUUAUCAACGCGGCCCUGGAGCGCCACGGAGGAAUCGACAUACUGGUCUCCAACGCGGCAGUGAAUCCCUUUUUUGGCUCCACUCUGGAUGCCACAGAAGAAGUCUGGGACAAGAUUUUUGACAUCAACGUGAAGGCUGCAGCCCUGCUGAUCAAACUGGUCGUACCUCACAUGGAGAAAAGGGGAGGCGGCUCCAUUGUUAUCGUCUCCUCCAUCGCUGCUUAUUCCCCGUUUCCGGGCUUGGGCCCCUACAACGUCAGCAAGACAGCGCUCCUGGGCCUCACACACACCCUGGCUUCCGAACUCGGCCCCAGAAACAUCCGUAUCAACACACUGGCCCCCGGCCUGAUCCGCACCAAGUUCAGCUCAGCUCUCUGGCAGGACAAAACCACAGGGGACAAAUUGAUGGAAACCAUGAGGAUACGGAGGAUGGGAGAGCCGACGGACUGCUCUGGCAUAGUCUCCUUCCUCUGUUCCCCGGACGCCGACUACAUCACAGGGGAGACCGUGGUGGUGGCUGGGGGGGCCCCAUCCCGUCUCUGAUGUGAUGGCGGGGGGGUCCGGCCUGCCUUCCUACUCAGCCAUGGGAACGACCAGAUGGAUGCUUUUGCAUUGCCCACUAUGCACCCCAGGAGUAAAGAUGUGGGGAUGUUGACUGAGGGGGGAGGGGGUGCUUGGCUACUGGAAGUGGGGGGCACAGUUGCUCCCCCAGAGGGGAGAUGACAGGGCGAGACACAGGCGUCCCUCCCAG